AUGCCUGUGACCACCAGAAGCAAGGGCAGCGAGAGGCAAACGCAGUUGGACGACUUCGACACCAAAAAUGGGAGCAGAGCCAAGCCACGGAAUCCCAAGCCCACUCGCCCAGCAACUCCACCAACAAAGAAAGAGAGCGACCCUCGUUCAAAGCGCAAAAGCAAGCAGUCUGAAGUAGAGGCGCGUCCAAUCAAGAAGCAGAAGCAGAAGCAGACCUCGAUCAAGCCCGACGAGGACCUGCCGCCUGAGGAAAACAGCAAACCCGUGAUCAUCAACCGGGCGCCGGUGCUGCAGCUGUGGGCCGCGUGCGUCUCGCAGGCGCUCUACCCGGCUCUGCCGUGGAGCACGCACCUGAGCAUCGGCUCGGCCAUCUCCACGUUAUGUGCCAUCUCCAAGGGCCGUGCAAUCGGGACAAUGGACAAGCCGUCCGACGACAACCCGACCGAGCGGGCUAAGAAGGAGAGGAAGAAGCGCGCCGCCGAGGAGAGCGCGGACGACGAGGUGAACGUCAUGCGGUUUCGGUUGUUGCUGAAAGGCGGCAACGCGGUGGUGUCGGGGAAGCCGCAGAAGGCCAACGAGGCGUUGUUGAAAGGCAAGUUUGGCUCCGGAGAUGAAUACGAGCGGAUCAAGCGUGCCAUGGAGGAGGCAAUCGCGUCGUGGAAGAACAAGGGCCAGGAGGAGGAGGCGCUGAAUGUCAAGGCCUUCCACAUGUAUGAGGAGUUUCGGCCGAGUGUGCAGUCCGGGCAGGGGGGUUGGGGGAGGAAAGGGCAGUUGAGUCCAGAGAAGAUCAGGGCGGUGGUGGCGGGCGGCUGA